GACAUUCAUUCCACCAGCAGUGUGCAUCUCCCGUGCUUCUCCAAAUCGAUGCUGUUCACCAAAACGCAAAAGCAGCAUUACGCACGGCGGUGUGAUCUCGGAAGAAUGUCUUUACUGGUGGAUUGUGAACUCUUGUUCUCCUCACCUUUGUGAUAUAAGUAUGUUUAUAUUCGGGCGGUGUGCGCGACGGGACUAUCUGGAGUACCUGUGAUGAAGGCUUUACUAUUUGAGGAGGUACGUUUGUGCAUGUGUAGUGUUUUCAGUGAGCUACACUCUGUUUGCACUGACAAGGAGUAUUACGCACGACGUAUCCCCGUGCGUUAGUGGCAGGCAGCUCAGCGCACCCAGUCGUUGCUGUUCUUGGGAAGUAGAAGGGUGCAAAACAACAACAUGGUACGAAAGGACAAACUGGAGCCAGCAUGGAUUUAACCCAGUUAAAUCAGUUAGUGGAAAACGUUUCCAACGAUGAGAACACAACGGACGCACCGCUUGCCUUGCCACACACUCAGGCAGCCACUGCGCUCAUCAUCCUGGUGGUUUCUGUGAUCAUUUCGGUGACCAUUGUCGGUAAUGUGUUGGUGAUUGUGGCGGUGCUGACCAGCCGGGCUCUCCGUGCGCCUCAGAACCUUUUCCUGGUGUCUCUGGCAUCGGCGGACAUCCUGGUGGCCACGCUGGUCAUCCCCUUCUCUCUCGCCAACGAGGUUAUGGGCUACUGGUACUUUGGAAGCACUUGGUGCGCCUUCUAUUUGGCUCUGGAUGUGUUGUUCUGCACCUCAUCCAUCGUGCACCUGUGCGCCAUCAGCCUGGACCGCUACUGGUCAGUCACAAAGGCGGUCAGCUACAACCUGAAGCGGACACCUAAGCGCAUCAAGUCCAUGAUUGCUGUAGUUUGGUUAAUAUCUGCUAUCAUCUCCUUUCCUCCUCUUCUCAUGACCAAACAUGACGAACGGGAGUGUGAACUGAACGAUGAGACCUGGUACAUCCUCUCUUCCUGCCUGGUGUCCUUCUUCGCUCCGGGUCUCAUCAUGAUUCUGGUUUACUGUAAGAUCUAUAAAGUGGCCAAGCAGCGCUCCUCCACCGUGUUCGUGGCCAAGAACGGCCUGGAGAGGCAGCCCUCUCAGUCAGAGACCUGUUUCGUCAGGAAGGACCGGUUUGAGAUGGAGAGCCCCAGUAGCCAAAGCUCGGGCAGCCACCAGCAAAGGCAGGGGGAGCUGGAUGACAUCGACCUGGAGGAGAGCUGCUGUGCGUCGGAUACUAAACCCCGCAAUCAUCGCUUCACCAAGCGGAGGAAGGUGGAGGGGUCGGACUGCUGCCCGCCUCAGAACUGCCGUCUCUCGUGGGCUUCGGCCCGGGCGUCGCAGCUCUACCCGCAGCAGAAGAACCCAGCUGAGCGACAACAGCUGGCCGCGGCCAACAAGACCAAAGUGGCCCAGAUGCGGGAGAAGCGUUUCACCUUCGUGUUGGCGGUGGUGAUGGGGGUGUUUGUGCUUUGCUGGUUCCCCUUCUUCUUCACUUACAGCCUGCAUGCGAUCUGCAGAGACAGCUGCUACAUCCCAAGAGCACUUUUCAACCUUUUCUUUUGGAUUGGCUACUGCAACAGUUCCGUGAACCCCAUAAUAUACACUAUUUUCAACAGGGAUUUCAGAAAAGCCUUCAAGAAAAUCGUAUGCAGAACUCCUAAACGAACAUAAACAUUGAAAGGGACACAUCUAUCAACAGUGCUGGGAAGUAAUAGGCCUAUUAGUAGAACUCAUUCUUCUUGGCAAUUUCCCCUGCCCAAAUCAUUUCAAUGUAACUGUUAUCAUAUUGAAAAAAAAAAAGAUCUAGUCUUGUGUACACAUUUAAAUGUCUAUGAAUAAAAUGUAAAGUGGAGCAAAACAAAAGACAAA